AUGUCCUUCCCAAAUAACGACAUCCUGCUUCUCAUCAGUGAACACAUCAACGACCAAAAAGACAAAACCCGGCUCCUACUCGUAUGCCGUAAUUGGUACUCGUUACUUCUCCCAAUAGCCUACCGCAAAAUCUGCGUUGAAAGCGAACAAAUAUAUCCCCUCGUUCGCUCCAUUCAGAAGAACCCCCAAAUUGGACCCGCCAUUCGCCAUUUACGGGUCGAAUGGAGUAGCGGUAGCGAGGAUGAAUUCGCAAACUACGAGGUAGACGACCUCACGAAGACUCUGAAACCAAGCGAGUCUGACAAAAACCUCGACGAGUGGAAAGAAGAUUUGCGUAAAGGAUGUCCCGAUGCCUGGCUUGUAGUACUCGUGCUGUCGGCGGAAUUUGUCAAGACGCUGGAUUUGAACGUUUAUUGUUAUUCGCCUCAUUUCUUCCGUAUGCUGGCGCAAAUUACCAAGGAGAAUCCAUUCGGCUCAAAGCCGGCCUUGCAACAUUUGGAAAUUGCCAGGGUCUGGACAGAUGAUAUGAAAACUCAUUACCUGGCGAAUGAGCUUCUUCCAUUCUUUUCUCUUCCCGCGAUGCGGGAGUUCAAUGGAGGGGGAAUCUGCGAGUACGAAGAGGACAAUUCUAAAGAACCUGCUGUCGCAGUGCGUGGGCCUGGGACUUCUGGGAUCACGAAAAUCAAUCUUGGUGGACACCGGACGAAUAAUGGUAGUAAGGGCAUGGCUGAUUUCAUCCGCUCAUGUGCCAAUCUGGAGAUCUUUGAGUAUCAACACGACAACAAAGCCAUUUGGGGCGAAAGCUAUUCCGACUUUCGCCCUCUUCUGUUCUACAAUGCGCUAUGUUCACAAAAGCACACACUUCGAGAGCUUCGGCUGAACAACCGUGGAGAAAAUAUGCCCGCGGGCUUUGAUGAUGAGUACGACGGACGUUGGGAUGGAUUUGGAUCUCUCGCUGAAUUUCAUCGGCUGCGUGAACUUCAGAUUCCAUUCUUCACGCUUGUACAUUUUGGUACAACCAAUCAGCCAAAGGCCUCUCUCGUGGAGGUUCUCCCGCCCAGCCUGGAAUAUCUCAAUCUCUCCUAUUGUGGUGACGGGGACUUCGACAUCGUCAUCAAGAAUAUUCGGGGCUUGCUAGCGCAACGAGAACAGUUUCCGAACCUCAAAAAGCUCGAAGUUAAGCCUGAUUUUAUGGUGAAGAUUGUGGAGACCUAUGGUGAGUUUAGAGUUCCAACAUCCACACAAGAGUCAUUUGCGCCGAUUGGAAUAAUGUGCCGCGAGCUGGGAAUUGAUUUCGGUUUCAACAUGCAUGGAUAUCAUAGAAUUCUCUUGGCGUAA